UCCAUUGAAAAAGGACAUUUUUUGACAUGAAGGCAGAUAAGAAGCAGUUUGAAAAAAUCCUUUCCUACAUUGAGCAUGGCAAGAGAGAAGAAGCCACACUCUUAACUGGGGGCAAAUCCUUGCAUGAGAAGGGAUAUUACAUUGAGCCUGCAAUUUUCACAGAUUUCAAGGAAGAAAUACUUAUAGCAAAAGAUGAAAUAUAUGGGCCUGUUAUAUAUAUGGCUCUCGCCAAAACAAUUGAUGAGGCGAUUGAGAGGGCAAACAAUACUAGAUAUGGGCUAGCAGCGGGCAUUGUAACCUAUAACUUAAAUGUGGCUAACACUGUCUCAAGGUUAAUUCGUGCUGGCACCAUUUGGAUCAAUUGUUAUUUUGCUCUCAGCAAUGACUGCCAUUUUGGAGGGUAUAAAAUGAGUGGGUUUGGAAGUGGUUUUGGAUUGGAUGCCCUUUACAAGUAUCUUAAAGUUAAGUCGGUUGUUACUCCCCUUUACUUUGAAUUAUCUUUAGAGUAA